AUCACAUCCACUUUCUGCAUCUCAGGAAUCAAGAUCGAGUCACAAUCCACAUUUUGAUCUGACCUCCCAUACCUACUUUCCUUCUUCCACCAACUCACCUGUUGUUGCUCUCGGUGCACAACCAUGACCGCCAUCCACAUCGACGAGGCGACUGGAUCGGACACCACCGGCGUAGGGAGCGCAGAUCAGCCUUAUCAGUCGCUCGGCUUCGCCCUCUUCACGCACGGCGCCGAGUCUUCAUUCCUGACCCGCAAAGACGCAUCCGCGACGUACGAGGAGCCGACGCAAUCCUCCGUCAAGAAAGCCAAGAAGACUGCCGAGGGACUGGAGAAGAAGAAGAAGAAAGCGGAUGAGAUCGCACGCGCCGAAGCUGCUGAGAAGGAGAAACGGCUGCAGGUCUUGGAAGAGAGCAAGAAAAUCGUUCUAGUCGAGGAUGCCAGUCUUCCCAAAGCUACAAAGUCCAAGAUCGCGCAACUUGAGCCACUCCGAUCGCAGAGAGUUCGUGUGUUUGGAUGGGUCCAUCGACUACGAGUCCAAAAAGGACUGGUCUUUAUUGUUUUGCGGGAUGGCACCGGCUACCUCCAAGCUCUGCUCUCCGGUACCGCUACUCAAACCUACGAAGCACUCACUCUCGCUGUUGAGUCCGCUGUCGAGCUUGUCGGAACUCUGCAGCCUGUGCUGGAGGGAAAGACGGCGCCUGGGGGCCAUGAACUGAUCGUCGAUUUCUGGAAGCUGGUCGGUGGAUCCCCCGGCGGUGAAGACGCGUUCAACAACAAAGUCAACGAGCACUCGGACCCUUCGACCCUCGCUGAUCUGCGCCAUCUGGUGAUUCGUGGCGAGACAGCAUCGAGUGUGCUCAGGCUUCGUGCCGCCAUGCUCAGCGCCUUCCGCUCCGUUUACGAAAAACACAGCAUCAUCGAAGUCACGACACCGUGUCUAGUGCAAACCCAGGUCGAGGGUGGCGCGACGCUUUUCAAGCUCGACUACUACGGCCAGCCGGCGUUCCUCACCCAAAGUUCUCAAUUGUAUUUGGAAACAUGUUUGCCGAGUCUGGGAGACGUGUUCUGUGUGCAAGAAAGCUUCCGAGCUGAGAACAGUCAUACCCGGCGCCAUCUCAGUGAAUACACCCACUUGGAGGCUGAGCUCGCUUUCAUCGACUUCGACGACUUGAUGACGCAUAUUGAGGCUGUGAUUUGCGAAAGCGUGGAUAUCUUGCUCGCGAACCCCAGCACCGCAUCGCUAAUCAAGCAACUCAACCCCGAUUUCAAGGCGCCGAAACGGCCCUUCAUGCGCAUGUCGUAUUCCGAUGCCAUCGCGUGGCUGAACGAGCAUGGCAUUAAACACCCUGCGGAAGAUGCCGACGAAAACCCCAUUCUGGAUGAGAGUGGGCAGGUCGUGAUGGUCAACCACGCGAUCGGAGAUGACAUUGCGGAAGCCGCUGAGCGCCAGAUGACGGAUAUCAUCGGCGAGCCCAUAUUCCUGCACGGGUUCCCCGCCGAACUGAAGGCGUUCUACAUGCGGAAGAUCCCCUCGGCGGACGGCAAGACUGUGUUCACUGAGAGCUGUGAUCUGCUGAUGCCCAACGUUGGUGAGAUUGUCGGCGGCUCGAUGAGGAUCGACGCGGUGGAUGAGCUGGUUGCUGCAUACAAGCGUGAAGGAAUUCCCCUGGAGCCUUACUACUGGUUCACGGAUCAGCGCAAGUACGGCACAUGCCCACACGGAGGGUACGGUCUCGGUGUCGAGCGACUGCUCGCUUGGCUUGCUAACCGGUUCACUGUCCGUGAUUGUUCAUUAUACCCCAGGUGGCCCGGCCGAGCGACGCCUUGAGUCAUAGUGUAGAUCAUGUCUUCAGAUGUUAGAAAUGUAUGCUCGUCAGUUAUCUUCAAGGUCCCAGAUGCGACUGCUGUUGUUCG